GUCAAAUUGGUAAGGUUGGAUUGAAAUGACAAUUUGACAGUUAAAACCAGUUAUAACCUCACAUUUUACCGUUUUGACAUGUUUUGCAAUUUUUACUUUGAUUUUUGAAAAAGAAUAUAAACCGUUAAAUAAUGAAUGCGUUUACGAAAAGUAGAGAACUAAGAAAACUGCCAGCGCUAUUGUCAAAAUGGUACAGUGCAAAGGCAGCUCCGGAGAUCGAGCAACUGGUGAAGGCAAGCAAAGUAGUAGUGUUUAUGAAAGGAGUUCCCGAGCAACCCCAAUGUGGCUUCAGCAAUGCUGUGGUUCAGAUAUUGCGGAUGCAUGGUGUAAAGUAUGAUGCCCAUAAUGUACUGCAAGACGAAGAUUUGCGUCAAGGUAUAAAGGAUUUUUCAAAUUGGCCAACAAUACCUCAAGUCUUCAUAAAUGGUGAAUUUAUUGGUGGAUGUGACAUCAUGCUACAGAUGCACCAAUCAGGAGAUCUGAUUGAAGAAUUAGAAAAGGCUGGAAUCAAGAGUGCUCUUUUGGAGAAGGAAAAAGAGAAGUCAGAAAAGGACAGUGGGUCGGAGAAAUGAAGAUAAGACUGCAAAAUGAAUGGUGUUUAUUUUCUUGAAUUUUAGUAGUAUGUAGGUUAUUUAUCUCAAAUUAUAGUUUGUGUUUUAAAAUGUUGUGUUCACUCCUUUAC